UGGGCCUUGUUUCCUGACAACAAUCGAUCUUACAAGUUGUGUUGUGUCCAGCUGGAGUGGUAACCAUGGAGAGGCUGUUGCUGUGUCUGAUGCUGGCAGUUGCCAUGGCAGUGCGGGCACAGAUCUGCCCGAAGCGCUGCGUAUGUCAGAUUCUGUCACCCAACCUGGCAACCCUCUGUGCCAAGAAAGGUCUACUGUUUGUACCACCGAACAUUGAUAGGCACACAGUGGAGCUACGGCUGGCUGACAACUUUGUCACAAGUGUGAAGAGGAAAGAUUUUGCAAACAUGACACGGCUGGUAGACCUGACAUUAUCCAGAAACACCAUCUCGUACAUCACUCCUCAUGCCUUUGCUGAUCUGGAAAACCUCAGAGCCCUACACCUUAACAGUAACCGGCUGACGAGGAUAGGCAAUGAUACAUUCAGCGGAAUGUCGAAGCUUCACCACCUGAUUCUGAACAACAACCAGCUGGUGCUGAUCCACCAGGGAGCGUUCAAUGACCUGCUGGCGCUGGAAGAAUUGGACCUCAGUUACAAUAAUCUGGACUCUAUUCCUUGGGAGGCCAUCCAGAAAAUGACCAGCCUCCAUACGUUGAGUUUAGACCACAACAUGUUGGACUUUAUUCCAGAAGGAACCUUCUCACUGCUACAGAAACUCAAUCGGCUGGACGUCACCUCCAAUAAACUCCAAAAGCUACCACCAGACCCUCUUUUUCAACGAGCACAGGUCCUGGCCACAUCAGGAGUCCUGACCCCCUCUUCCUUCCAGCUGUCAUUUGGUGGGAACCCUCUACACUGUAACUGUGAGUUACUGUGGCUCAGACGGUUGAACAGGGAGGAUGACCUGGAGACAUGCGCCUCACCUCAACACCUCUCUGGUCGAUACUUCUGGUCCAUCCCUGAGGAGGAGUUCUUGUGUGAACCCCCCCUCAUCACCAGAUACUCCCAUGAGAUGAGGGUGCUUGAAGGGCAGCGAGUUGCACUAAGGUGUAAGGCAAGAGGUGACCCAGAGCCAGCCAUCCACUGGAUCUCUCCGGAGGGCAAACUGGUGUCUAACUCCUCCAGAACACUCGUCUACACAAACGGGACCCUGGACAUCGUCAUCAGUACUGUGAAAGACACCGGCUCCUUCACCUGCAUCUCCUCCAACCCUGCUGGUGAAGCCCACCAAACAGUAGACCUUGUUAUUAUAAAACUCCCUCACAUCUCCAAUAACACCAACAUCCAGGAACCUGAUCCGGGAUCGUCGGACAUUUCCACAUCGACCCGAGGCGGAGCCAACGGGAGCAAUGUGACAGGUGACGUGAAGGGCGGGGUGGAUAAGAGGGUGGUGACAGCUGAGGCCACCUCAUCAACAGCACUGAUCAAGUUCAACUUCCAGAGGAAUAUUCCAGGCAUUAGGAUGUUCCAGAUUCAGUACAAUGGGAGCCAGGAUGACUCACUGGUGUACAGAAUGAUCCCCCCCUCAAGCAAGAACUUCCUGGUCAACAACCUCGCAGCAGGGACCCCCUACGACCUCUGCGUGCUGGCCAUCUACGAUGACGUCAUCACCUCUCUGACAGCAACACGUGUGGUCGGCUGUGUGCAGUUCACCACUGAGUCGGAGUACAUGCGGUGUCAUUUUAUGCAGUCCCAGUUCCUCGGCGGGACUAUGAUCAUCAUCAUUGGAGGGAUAAUAGUGGCCUCGGUGCUCGUUUUCAUCAUCAUCCUGAUGAUACGCUACAAGGUGUGUAACCCUGGGGAGGGUGGUAAAGGCGUUUCAAUGUCGAUGACCAAUGUUCACUCACAGACCAAUGGGCAGCAGUCACAGGGAUGCACUGUGACUCCCAGCGCCUCUAAACAUGGCUCAAUCGGAUUAGACGACCUCUCGGGAGGCACAAAGAAAAGGAGCGGAGCAGCAGGAGGGGGAGGUGGGGGUAAGGAUAUGAUGGCUCAGUCGUCUGACUCUUCCCUGCCUGACUGCUCCACGACUACGUCAGUUCUCAGCCAGCCUUGGGCAGCCAGAAGCCCAACAGCUGUAGCUGAGGAACGGGAGAAAGCAGGUGAAGAGAGAGCUCAAGCUGGCAUCCUGACACCCGCCGCCACCACCGGUUCACUACCCAGGCCAAAGCGAAAGCCCGCUCCGAGUAAGUCAGGGACAGCUUGCUCAAACACCUCGGCUAUCCCUGAAAACCUCCCCCCCUCUUCCCCUCGCCCUCCAUCCUCCUCCUCCUCCUCCACUGCCUCCUCCACCCUCCUCCCUUCCUCCACCCCUCUACAGAACCUCAACACCAACCGCAACAACUCCACCUCCCUCAACCAAACCCCGCCCAGCUUCGCCCCUUCCCCUUUCGCCAGCCCUCUCACCACACCGAGCCCCGUCCCCACCAACCGAUUCAGAGAGACGCCCAUCCUGCGCCGGGCUCCCCGCGCCGGCUCUUCCACCACUUCCUCCUCCAAGUACCAGACUCUCCCUGUGGAGGAGGGAGGGAGGAGCAGGGCGAGGAGGAGGUACUCACUCAGUGAAGGAGGCUCAAAGACUCACUCGUCCCAUCAGGGAGGAGGAGCACCCAAAUUGGGGCGCAUAAUGCGGAACAAAAGGAGCCAAUCAAUGAGCGGCAUGCUGCUCCCUGAAGAUGGGGAUGGCGACUCGGACAAAGGGCGGUGUGAUUCGGACUGGAUCUUAGAAAGCACAGUUUGAACUGGAAUGAGACAGCGAUCACAAAAUAAAUUUUGGUUUAUCCAUUACUGUUUAUGUUCUGUAUGAGUGCGUGUGUGAGACUAUGUGUAUGUGUUAGUUUGAAUUUGUUUAUAGAUGAGUGAAGGUAAAGGCGUGGGUGAGCAUUUGUGACAUGUUUUUGCCGUUUAGAAUGUGCGUUUUUGGUGUGUAUGUGUGUUCAUGUUAGUUGUGGCUGGAUGACUGACUGUGAGUGUCUGUUCUGCAACCAUACUGUUUCUUUUUUCAACCAUAUUUUUUUUUUUAUAUUUUUCAUAACGUUUCUCCACUACUCUCUGCAUUCAGUUUACAGUUUUUUCACUUUGACAGUUUCCUAACUGUUCUGCAGUCGGUCAUUCAGCGAGUGGAUAACUUGCCUUGUCUCGUAGCGUCCUCGAGUUGUCUCGUUGGUUCCACUUUAUAGCACAAAAGAAAACAAGACAAUGGGCCCGCCACGUCAUUUCCCGUUUCACACUCACCUUAUCUGAAAAUACCACGAAAAGGGAUUAAUUCCAGGAAAAAAUACUGAAAAAAAAAACCAUAGAAGAACUGAAAAGCACACCAUUAACAUUCACACGCCCACAGAAAGUGUGGGUCCAUACCACGGCAAGAGAAUAGCAGUCGGUGCCUUCUUUUGCACUAACAGACCCUCUGACAGAUGAUAAAACCGGAUUUAGGACUCCACCAUGACUCCACGAACGAGGGAUUGGGACAGAGGGGACAAACAAAGGAACCGAGAGAUUUCACACAUAGCCUUUCUUACCUGCUGGGGAGUACAGAUGUUUUCUCUACAUAGUGACGGACAAAAACUGAGACAACACGUAACAAACAGAUGAAGACUUUACGGACCUCUUAUGAAAUUGAUAUUUUUUAAAGGGAAGAAUUAAAAAAAAGAACCUAAAAAACUCGCAAGCUUUUCACUGACAUUGGUUUACUGCAGCCUGUGUUGGUCACAAGCUCCUGGAAAGCUUCUGUACAGAAAAAAAAAAACAACAUGUACUGUGUUGUUAUGUUGUGUAAAAUAAAAAGGGAUAAAAUGAAAA